AUGGAAGAUGAGAAAAAGACAGAAUCUACGACUAAGAACGUUAAGAAGGCUAAUCUCUUAGAUCACAACUCUGUCAAGAACAUCCUCGACGAAUCCGUCUCCGAUAUCGUUAAGAGCCGAGGCUACAAGGAGGAUGUGAGGCUAAGCAACGCGAAAUUGCUGCUAGGAACGAUUAUCAUCGUCGUUGCUCUCGUUGCCCAAUUCUACAACAAGAAGUUCCCUGAGAACAGAGACUUUUUGAUCUGCUGCAUCGGAUUAUAUCCUUCUUUAUCUUCGUGUGUGUCAAAUUAUUGCUUCGGAUUUGCUUUCCUGCUUGAUUCCAAUUUGAUUCUCCUCGCAGUUUGCGGUUUCUAG